AUGGCAUCACUAGCAACCCAUUUCUCCGCCUUCGCCCUCCUCUUCCCCAUAGGCCUCCGCCGCCUCAUCUGCUCCUCCGCCCUCUACCUCAAGAACCCAUCUCUCUACCGAUCCAAAGCUUGGUACUUUUCAGAACCCAAAUGGAAAAACUUCGAUUUGUACUCUCUCACCAUCGCCCUCCCCAUCGCCUCCUUCUCCGAAAUCUUCAUCUUUCUGGCCUUUUCCGGCCACCCCACCUACCGCUUCGCCUUCUUCCAGCAAUCAGCCGCCAUUUUCAUGUUCUGGGCACUCGUCCUUCUGAUCAUCUUCCGUGAAAACAUCGACCCUUUGAAUUUCAAUGAAGGGUUCGUCUUCGUUUUUGCAGCGGUUUCCUUUUUCGUUGAGUACUCUGUGAUCGGCAAGGGAAUUUCGGGUCUUGGUGGCGCUGUGUAUGAUAUGCUAGCUGCAUUGACUCUAAUUUGUGCAUUUUCUUGCCUGUAUUUGUCGAUUAGGCCAUGUUCGUUUUUCGCCGAGUUUUUCUUGUCCUCUGGAUUGGUUUUUAAGGGCACUUGGAUUUUGCAACUGGGGUUGUCCUUGUACACUGAUGCAUUUGGGUUAAACGGGUGUAAGAAAAUGUCAGUGUGGCCUAACCAGGACAAUGCUGAGUGGAAAUGUAACCUUGAGGAGGACGGGUUAAGGGGUGUUGCUGUGAUGAAGCUCUUGUUCAUCGGGCAUGCGAUUGCGGUCUUGGUAUUGAGUUUUGUGUUGUUUGCUUUGCUGGCAAGUAACUGGAACUUGCAGGUUGGCAAGGGCAGUGGUCAGUUGCUAGCACAGCUAGAUUCGGAGCAUGUGUUGAUGCCUCCUGGCGGUGAGAUUGGGCUUGAAUGA